AUGGCGCUUGUUCAUCUGACUGCAUUAGCCACAUGUGCGCUUUUGCUGGUAGUUCUCCGCGCCACCUUCAAUAGUUGGAGAAUACAGCGAAAACUACCGCCUGGUCCCCCCGGUGCCCCGUUCAUUGGGAACAUUCCCCAAUUACCCAAAAUUCGCGCGCAUCUCAAAUUCACAGAGUGGGCCAAGACAUAUGGAGGCCUAUACAGCUUCCAUAUUGGUCCAGCGACAGCCGCAGUGGUUACGGAUCGUGCUCUGGUCAAGGAGCUCUUCGACAAACGGAGCGCGCUGUACAGUUCACGUCCAACCUCACAUGUUGGACAAAACAUCAUCACUGGUGGUGACCAUCUCCUAGUCAUGGACUAUAGCGACAAUUGGCGUCUAUUCCGCAAAACCAUAAAUCAGCAUUUCUCGGCUUCCAUGUGCGAAAAGACGCAUGUCCGCCUGAUGGAGGCCGAGCAUACACAGAUGAUGCGCGACUUUCUCCUACAUCCCGGGAAGCAUAUGUUGCAUACGAAGCGCACAACUAAUAGCAUUAUAAUGAGUUUGCUUUUCGGUAUUCGUACUCCGUCUUGGGACACACCACAUAUGCAAGACCUAUAUGAGAUAAUGGAGCUUUGGUCCCAAAUCAUGGAGACAGGUGCUACCCCACCAGUGGACAUUCUUCCUUGGCUGCAUUGGGUACCACAGCAGUGGCUCGGCCACUGGGUUGAUCGCUCACAGGCUGUGGCACGUGGUAUGAAGCGGCUGUAUAGUUCGUUCCACCGACGGGCCAUCGAGGGGCGUCGUAGAGCAGAGAGCGCCUCCCAGUAUCGAGCCCGCAGCUUCCUCGACGACGUCCUUGAUCUGCAGGAGAAGCUUGGUCUUACGGAUAACCAGGUCGACUUCUUGGGUGGUGUUAUGAUGGAGGGAGGCUCGGAUACCGGUUCCACAAUGCUUCUGGUCAUGAUCCAGGCGUUGACGCUCCAUCCUGAGAUUCAAACGCGAGCACAAGCUGAGCUCGAUGCAGUCUGUGGAGAAUACCGAUCACCAACCUGGGAGGACUUUCCUCGUCUGCCUUACAUUAACAUGGUUGUCAAAGAAACAAUGCGCUGGCGACCCGUCACACCCUUGGCCUUUCCACACGCUCUCAGCAAGGAUGACUGGGUGAAUGACUACUUCCUCCCAAAGGGAACCGCCGUCUUUCUGAACGUCUGGGGCUUACAUCAUGACGAAAAUGUCUUUCCAAACCCCGACCAGUUUGACCCUUCGCAGUUUGAGGGCCGGCAUAAGCUGGCAUUUGACUAUGCCGCUUCUUCCGAGUACAUGCAGCGUGACCAUUAUGUCUACGGUGCCGGACGACGUCUGUGUCCAGGGAUCCAUCUGUCCGAACGUAGCAUGUUCCUUGACCCGACCACCGGCUACACCGAAGGUUUCCUUGUCUGCCCGCGACUAUAUAAAUGCAUUGUUGCGCCGCGAUUAGCUACUCAUACAGAUACAGUUCUUAGAGAAUUUGCCCGGGCCGAAUCCGACAUUCUCUCUCAAUAUGCGACUCCAUAG